AAUUUACGUCCUGUGUCGGCUGCGGUAGCUACCCGAGGAAGAAUGGGCGGCUGGAUGUGGCUUCGCUGCUUUUUUGGGCCUCAUCUCCAGAGAGUUCACCGUUCACAGGAGCAGUCCCGACCCGAAGGAAGAGCUGGGAGGAGGGUAGGCUCACGGAAGAUACCAUGCAUGUGUUUGUGACCGACCAGGAAGAGAUGGAAAUGUAUCUUUGUUCAACGCUAGCUCGCGCUCCGGUCCGGAAGUGUCAGUACGAGUUAUUGAAACUGCUGUCAGUCACUGAUUGACAGAGGUGACAGUGUGAAAAAUGCUGCAUAGUUAACACAUUUGGGAAUGUUAAGAUAGCUAGAUAGCCAUUAUACUUAAUUCUCCAGGUAUCUAGCUAUCUUUGCGUUGUGGCAGGUGAGUGUGCUAGCAAGCACGUAACCUAAGCCACUGUUGUUAGCUUUGCUAGGUAGCUAGCUGUAAUAUCUAGGCAGGGAGAUCAUUGCAGUUAUCCAGUUAGCUGGCUUGGCUAGUCACCACUCAUUUAGCAGCUAGCUAUUAGCUAACUACUCUCCCAUUCUCUUACAACACCAGGGAUGGACUUAUCAACCCAAGAGCCUGGAGAAACACACAGACAGCAUCCUCGGAUGGGUCAGUAUAUAAUUAGCAAGUUACCACAAGUUGUAUUAUCUAACGUUAAUUGUUGACCAUGACUCUGUUUUGAUUAGCUAGAACAAACUAUUUUACAAUUCUAUGCAGUGGCCUGCACUGUAAUACACAAACUUUAGAUUUUUGUUUUUGCAUAAAUUGAAGCCAGUAAAGACAAGUAGCAUACACACAUAGCUAUACAGGUAGUCUAUACAUUCUCACACUUUCUAUUGAGAUGUAACUGUUCUUUUGUGUGUUCUCCUCCCUCCACCAGGCGUCAGCCCUGUGGUCUCUGUCGUACUACAGCUCCCCUCUCCUCCUCUGCUACCUUUACAGAAAAGGUAGUGUGUGUGUGUGUGUGUGUGUGUGUGUGUGUGUGUGUGUGUGUGUGUGUGUGUGUGUUCGCUCGCUCACACGAUAUGAAAGGUAAUAAAAAUGACUCAUGCAGUAAUGCUCUUAUUGGGUUUAACUAUUAAUAGCUCCCAGCUGUAGUGUAGUAGGUAGGUAUUGGUAGUGGCUAGUGGUGAUAUGGUUUCACAUAGGACGUGUGCAUGCUUGAGUGCAAGAAAUAGAGAGCAGAUGAGUAUUACUAGCCUAAUUGUUUGUUUGUUUGUAGCCCUAACCAUUGCUGUGUGUUUCAGGGUACAUCUGCAGCAGUAAGCUGGUCCCAGUCAGUCAGUAUGUGGGAACAGUAAUGGUUUGUCUCCUGGGAGUCGCCUGCCUGAGAGGUGAGAACUUUACCACGCUUUUUACUGAACUUGUAUUGCUCUUCCUGGAUUUGUCUGGUUUGAGAAAUCCGCUGUGUUCAAUGCUUUUUUCCCAUAAAAUAGAAUAAAAUCUCAAAACCUAAUUGUAGAGAAUAUAGUGUCUGGUGUUCUUCAUCUACUACAGACAUUGGAUUGUGUGUGACUAGGCUACCGGUAACUACGAUUGCAUUCCUGUGGGGUUACGAUUUCACAAACACUCAGACUGCCACAAGGUGUGGGUCUAUCAGGUACACUAAGUACACCCCUGAGACUCUCUCGCUCUCUGCUUCUCUCUCCCUCUCCCUCCUUCUCAGGUUGGGGGCGGUGGAGGAACUCUGAGUAUCAACAGUUCAUCUCCAUUCUGGAGGAAACCAGGAAGAACCACACGCCUAGCAACAAGGUAACACUGCUAUGGCAACAGCUGGUCAACAGCUGGGCUGCGUCUCAAAUGACACCCUAUUCCCCAUAUGGUGCGUUAUUUCUAACCAGUACCCUAUAUGUCAUUUGAUGUUAUUCUCAGGCCUGUUUUGCUAGAGGUUGUCAAUCUUAAAUUCAAGAAACAAGCCACAGCUAUUCUUUCUGAUCACUAAUUUUGAAUGUUCUGUCUGUAGAAAAAACUGUCCUGCUAUGAUUUUGACUUCUCUCACUGGCCGGCAGACUUCAGCUGGAAAGAAGUUAGCAAUCCGUGAGUUGUGUGUGUAAUUUGCGUAUACGUGUGAACCUUUUACAUGUGUGUUAAUUUUUACACUGUGAUUAUAGUUUUUCUUGUAUGAAAUACACAAGAUUGUACAGUAAAUGUAAACUGGAUGACUGUGUCUGGGUUAUGAUUUGAGAGUAAGGCUCUGUUUUCACUAGAUAACUCUUGCUGAUUUGUUAAAUUUCCCAUCUAACAUCCUGUGUGACAGGAAGCUGCUGUCCAAGGCAGGAGUGUCUCUACUGAAGCCAGAGCCCAAACUGAGAGGGACAGCAGACAGCAUGCUCAACUCUUUACGCACUCUACCAUGCCACAUCAUCAGGUAUAGACAGAGUACAAUAUCCACAAUACACUGUACUCUACGUGGGCUUGACAUUAACUUUUUUUAGCCACUUGUCCUUUGGAGAAGUAGGACUUAUUAUUAUUAUGUUUUGUAUUUUUUUUUUUUUUACUUGUCCGAAAGCUCAAGUCACUUGUUCCCACCCAAAAAAAGUUAUGUAACACCAUGGGCCAAAAAGCGAACUGAAAAUGGUGUUGUAUGUUGCAAGGAAUCACUUCACAAAAUAACCUUCAUUAUUAUCACUGGUAUUGACAAUGGAAGGCUGCUGGUCUCUGAUCCCAUGUAUUAUUUUAGGACAUCGGACAUGACAAUGACAUUAAUACAUGCUAAGUAGUUAACUAGCAAGAUAACCAGCCAAACUACACAAUAGGUUUUGAAUUGGCUGUCUAGUUAGUCUGUUGUAUAUAAUUAUUUUACCUGCUGCGCAAUUGUCUCUAUCUCGCUCUUUCUCUCUGCUCUGGCAACGGCCCACAGGCACGCGCAGGUGAUGCACACACCAUGACUUUUCCAGGAUUUUUAUUGCGGAUCAAAAAUGAGCUGUAAGUGGUCAAAUGACUCACUAACUAGCAAUGAAUAUCAACAACUGUGCACACGCGGCUCGCUUUGAUCUCAAAAACGCAUCUCUUGACUGCCUGAUUGAAAGACCACUCGUGCCUGUCAAUGCAGGCCUACAAUAAUUAUACUCCGAUGCGCUCUGCAUAGAUUGGGAGGACAGUGUGUAAUAUAAAUGCAACAUUCAACAAUUUCAAAGAUUUUACUGAGUUAUAGUUCAUAUAAGGAAAUCAGUCAAUUGAAAGAAAUAAAUUAGGCCCUAUGGAUUUCACAUGACUGGGAAUACAGAUAAGCAUCUGUUGAUCACAGAUACCUUAAAAAAAAAAAAAAAGUAGGGGCGUGGAUCAGAAAACCAGUCAGUAUCUGGUGUGACCACCAUUUGCCUCAUGCAGCGCGACAUCUCCUUCGCGUAGAGUUGAUCAGGCUGUUGAUUGUGACCUCUUGGAUAUUGUCCCACUCCUCUUCAAUGGCUGUGCGAAGUUUCUGGAUAUUGGCGGGAACUGGAUCAUGCUGUCGUACACGUUGAUCCAGAGCAUCCGAAACAUGCUCAAUGGGUGACAUGUAUGGUGAGUAUGCAGGCCAUGGAAGAACUGGGACAUUUUCAGCUUCCAGGAAUUGUGUACAGAUCCUUGUGACAUGGGGCCGUGCAUUAUCAUGCUGAAACAUGAGGUGAUGGCGGCGGAUGAAUGGCACGACAAUGGGCCUCAGGAUCUCGUCACGGUAUCUCUGUGCAUUCAAAUUUCCAUUGAUAAAAUGCAAUUGUAUGCUUUGUCCGUAGCUUAUGCCUGCCCAUACCAUAACGCAGCAUUUCCCAAACUCGGUCCUUGGGACCCCAAGGGGUGCACAUUUUGGUUUUUGCCCUAGCACUACACAGCUGAUUGAAAUUAUCAAAGCUUGAUUAUUUGAACCAGCUGUAUAGUGCUAGGGCAAAAAACUAAACGUGCACCCCUUGGGGUCCCAAAGGUUGAGUUUGGGAAACCCUGCCAUAACCCCAGCGACACCAUGGGGCACUCUUCACAUUGUUGACAUCAGCAAACCGCUUACCCACACUACGCCAUACACAACGUCUGCGGUUGUGAGGCCGGUUGGACGUACUGCCAAAUUCUCUAAAAUGAUGUUUGUGGUGGCUUAUGGUAAAGAAAUUAACAUUCUCUGGCAACCACUCUGGUGGAAAUUCCUGUAGUCAGCAUGCCAAUAGCACACUCCCUCAACUUGACAUCUGUACCAUUGUGUUGUGUGACAAAACUGCACAUUUUAGUGGCCUUUUAUUGUUCCCAACACAAGGUGCAAAGAUCAUGCUGUUUAACUCUUCCGAGUCGGCGAACGCUUCGGCGCGUUCAAAUCGCGGGCCGGCUUUAGGACCGCGCAGCAUCCAAACCAAGUGACGCAGAGGGCUGCCGUCGAUUUCAUGCAGAAAUGGAGACCCGAAGCUACGUUUUGAGUGUUUGUUUCAUGUAAAUACACCAACUAAAACCAAAGUUAUGAUAAUUUCAAUUCCAUGAAAAAAGUGCGUCAAAAUAUGCGCUCUUUUAUGAGCGCUUUGCAUUUAUUAUAAUAACUUUGUCGUCUUUUGUGAUAAAAAGGAACGGAAAAAAAACGUGUGCUUGUGCUAACCCGGUUCUUCAGGAUGCACACGAGUAUAUAAACAUUCAUUCCCAUGACAACUAGCCAUUGCGAAAGAACGAACGAGAGGAAUUAGUUCAGUUCAUGAGUAGUUUUGGAGAGUUUUUCACGAGUUAGUAUUUCAAUUGUUAGUAUUUCAAGAGUUUUAUUGUCAGCAGUAUCGUUUUUGUGAAGCAAUAUGAGGCGCACACUUCACGUUGAACAAGCCGUCGACUUGUUAUUCCAAAUGAGCGAUGAAGAAACUUUGGAAAGUUCGUCGUCAGACAAUGAGAGUGGCCAGGAUGACUUCGAGGACCCUGAUUUUGUUGCUGAAAACGUGAGGUAAGAAGACAAACAUUUUUCUAAAAUGAAUUUGUUUUAUUGCUUUCGUUUAUCUUACUAUAGUAUUCUAUUCUACUUCACUGUAGUGCAAAUGCCAAUGAACAUCUUGAACUUUGAAUAAUCUUGAAUCCGUUUACCUGUUUUGUAUAGUGACGACGACGACGACGAGCAGCCUGGGCCAUCAACAGCCCCCACCCCCACAACAAGCCGACGGAGGCCAUCACAGAGGGGGCGUGGAAGGAAGGAUCAGGCCAAGACCAGGUCAAGAUCUCCAGCCCAGUCAGCAGCACAGCCAGAACAGAGCUCUGAGCCAUGGAAAACAGAGACUGAUCCUGACACUGCCCCACAAGCCAGUAGGUUCAUGCCCCGCAGACCACCAGGAGCCCAGGUGGAUUUGCAUUCAGGGCACACACCAAAGGACCUCUUCCUGCUCUACUUCGCCGCAGAUACAAUGAGGACAAUCUGCAGAAACACCAACAAACAGGCAGCAAGAAAUCAGCAGAAGGGGAGCAAAUAUCAGUGGACUGACGUUGAUGUGGAGGAACUGCACAGAUUUCUGGGUCUCCUCAUCUACACCUCAUUGGUGACUCUGCCUAGUAUCCAGGACUACUGGAAACAAAGCCACAUAUUGUCUGUUUCAUUGCCAGCGAAGGUCAUGCCAAGAGACAUAUUCCGGUCCAUCUCAUGGAACAUCCACCUAAGUGAUCCAGAGGAGGAUGUCAUAAAUGACCAGCGCAAAGGUACACCCCAGCAUGACAAACUGUUCAGGGUCAAACCUCUGAUGGACGACAUUCGCACUGCCUGCCAGGCUCAUUACCAUCCUAAGAAGGAACUGUCAGUCGACGAGAGGAUGGUGGCUACAAAAGCCAAAACUGGCAUGACCCAGUACAUGAAGGACAAGCCUAACAAAUGGGGGAUCAAGCUCUUUGUGUUGGCAGAGUCUAACAAUGGCUACACUCUAAACUUCAACGUGUAUGUUGGGAAAGCACACACACCCAGCGUGCAUGGACUUUCAUAUGAUGCUGUUAUGGACCUCAUUCAGCCAUCACAUCUUGGUACAGGAUACCAUAUUUAUAUGGACAAUUUCUACACCAGCCCAAAACUGUUCCUGAGUUUGGGAAGUAUGAAGUUUGGAGCCUGUGGGACCUACAGAAGCAACAGAAAAGGGUGUCCUAGUGGCAGAGAAAAUGCCCUCACCAGCAAAUCGAAGAGGGGGUCUGUGAGAUGGAUCAGAGAGGAUCGCCUGGUCUUUGUGAAGUGGAUGGAUACGCGGGAGGUGUCGGUGUGCUCCACAAUCCACCCAGCGUUUUCGGGCGAGACAAUCAAGAGGAAGGUGAAGGAAGGACCUGGACGCUGGGUAGCAAAAGACAUUCCCUGCCCUACCCCCAUCAUGGCCUACAAUAAGUACAUGGGAGGGGUUGACCUGUCAGACCAGCUUCUCCAGUAUUACUCAACCCAUCGCAGAACUGCUCGCUGGUACCGUACCCUCUUCCUGCAUUUUUUGGACAUGGGAACAACAAAUGCAUACAUCCUGCACUGUGACAUCAGUGCGACCCAACAGGUCACACCCAUGACGCACAAGAACUUUGUGGCAGAACUUGUGGCCCAGCUGUGCGGAGUGACCCAGACAGGGGUUCCACUUCAAAAAAGCACCAGCCAUGUUCCUGUGGCCAUUGCCAAUGUUGCAGAGGCCAAAGACAAAGCCACAGCAGGCCGCAGGGUUUGUCAACGCUGUAAACAAGUUGACAAGAAGAGGUUUGUCACACCAUGGAAGUGCAAGGCCUGUGAUGUGGCUCUCUGUGUCAUUGUGGACAGGAACUGUUUUGAAGAGUGGCACAAAUAG